GCGAUAGCCAACCUUCACUUCCGGGGCAGCUCAUUAAAAGCUGUAAUGUCUUGUCUGAGAGGUUUCCCGGUUCUUUAAUUCAGCCUGCCUAAAAUGUAAAUGUUUGUCCUCUAUUAACAAGGCUGUUGAUGGACGCUCUGCACAAACACCGCUCGCUUUACAAAGGAACCACGCCGCCAUGGAAGGAAACCUACCGAAAGCGCUGUGUGGACAGGCUGAAGAACAGCCGCUUCAAGCUGUUGGAUAGAUACCGACAGCUGGGAGAAGAUCAGCCGCGGAGCAGAGUAGGAGGCUCCAUUAUCGUCCAGGAGGUGAUGGAGGAAGAAUGGAGCGCCCUGCAGUCAGAGAACCACAGGCUCCCCUCACUGUGGGGCCCUAAUGGCAUGGCAGAGAUGUUAAGUUUUGCAAAGGAGUUUGAUGAAGUGGCGGUGCUGGAGGAAAUCCAACAGGAGCUCAUGAACCAAGAAAUCUCUAUAAUUGAAGAGUAUGAGAGGAACCAGCAGUUUGAACAACAGUACAUAUCAUCUGUUGUGGAGGGAAUGGGUGAGGUGCACGUUAUUUGUCCCAUAUGUCACAGGAACAACUUGAACAUCAACAGCUAUUUCAUCUCCUGCAUCUGUGGACUUUACAUCAACACUAAGAGGCAGAACAUCACCCCAGAUGUCCUGCAGCAUUUUCUGGAGUCCAGGGUGUCGGAGCACAUGGAAAACUGUCUACACAACCCUGUUUUCACUGUAACUUCCAACACAGAGAGCCAUCCCUGCCUUAUGAUAAGCUGCAAGGUUUGCGACUUCCUGUCUGUUGUUCUGUAGUUGCACACUGCUGUCAAGAUGAAUUGAUAUUUAAUGUUCAUUUUUUUUUAUUUGCUUUUUUGGAAUAAAGAUUUUUAAUAAAAAUGCUA